CUUGAAUCCCAUCAGUCCAUUGGCUUGGUGAGGUCGGAGUCUCGAGAUUCUGUGUGCUGUUUAGGUACUUGCGCCUGUGUUCUUGUUUCUAUUGGAGCGUUUUCCUCGCUGGAUCUCCUUGAUCGCAGGCCCGCGCAUGCCAGGGAGUGACCUCACUAUCAUUACUACUGUGCCUGCGCACUCCCAUACCCACCCCAUCCUCAGCCAUAUAAUCCCCGAACCAUGGACCGCAAGGCCUUCGAUAUCCAGCCCAUAGGCCGCUUCUAUGGCUCCAGUGCUGCCAUCCGCCGUCCAAAGGAAAUCGCAUGUUUCUCAUAUGACGAGGAACAUAAAUUUCAUCUCGGAGAUGCGUCCCUGAAGUACUACUACCCUCCGCCUCUUCCAGCGGACCUAAAUACUGGCUUUGAAUCUUUCCAGAAGCUGGACGAUGCCGCUGAUGAGCAUCUGGAUGCAUUGCUAGAGACAAUCGCGGCGCUGGAAAAGGAUACGGGGACCAAUUGCGAAGCCGACAUUAUCACUUGGAGAGGUAUGAUGACCAAGAUCCUCGCGGCACCAUUCGAUCAUAUGAACGGUUUUGAGAUGAAUGCGACCUGCUUCCAGGGGACCAUAUUCAUCGAAGAGAAUAACAGCUUCAAGAAUGAACAGAAGCAAAUACAAAAGAACCAGAGGAUGCCACCCGGGAUGGCUUCCCAAGACCUAAUGGCCUACUGGGGCUACAAGUUCGAGACCUUGUCUGUGCUGAACCAGUCAUGGGAUUCAACUUCUCGCGAGGAGAUUGAACACCGUGAAGGGCUUGUUGUGAACAACAAUGCCCAAUACUGUUCGGUGGUGCGAACGGCAAUAGGGCGGACGCGGCUAGUCAUUGGUGGCGAAGUAGAAGCAGUUUGGGAUUGCAAGCCUGAUCGAAAGGAAGAUCCGAUUCACUGGGUGGAACUCAAGACCUCGGCCGAGAUUCGGAACGACCGUGAUAUGGUCAAGUACGAGAGGAAACUCCUGAAGUUCUGGGCGCAAUCAUUCCUUCUGGGAGUGCCCAAAAUCAUUGUUGGGUUUCGCGAUCAGCAAGGCAUUGUCCGUCAUCUAGAAGAGCUUGAAACUGCUGCCAUACCGGGCAAGGUCAAGAAGGUUGGCAGAGGCACUUGGGACGGUAAUAUUUGCAUCAACUUUGCGGCUGAAUUUCUUGAAUGGCUCAAAUCUACCAUCCAAGAAGAAGGAACGUGGAGAAUCCGCAAACGUGAGAAAUCGUCGCUUAUUGAAGUCUUCAAAGUGGAGGAGAGUGGGAACGGUGAUAUCAUCUCUCCGGCGUUUUCAGCCUGGAGAUCGAAAACGUGAUCUGGGUUUCUCUCGAUGGGCUCGGUCAGUCCAGGCUAGUUCCACAAAGGACGAUGAGAGAAGACAGAUAGACACCCACCUAGCUGCGCAGUCACGGCUGAUCUGCAGAGACCAUUUACGAAAAGCACUGCUCCUCAACUCAGCAUACAACUGCUGAGCUUCAACGCUCACUCCACUGACCUAGACCUCUGGGUACUAGUGGCAUCAUGCGGUGGAUGACGUGCCCUGCUAUUGCAGCGUCUGGCUAUGUAUAAUUGGGAUCUGUUUGCCGGCCGGGGGCUUCAGAUCUAUUCAGU